CAAUGCAAGAGGAGGCUUUAAAGCUGGUUCUACUGGCUCUGGAAGAUGGAUCUGCUUUGUCACGGAAGGUCUUGGUUCUCUUUGUGGUUCAGAGGCUGGAGCCGCGAUUUCCUCAGGCUUCUAAAACUAGCAUUGGGCAUGUUGUCCAGCUGCUUUACAGAGCCUCGUGCUUCAAGGUGACAAAGCGAGAUGAGGAUUCCUCCCUGAUGCAACUGAAGGAGGAAUUUCGGACUUACGAAGCUCUCAGAAGGGAACACGAUUCCCAGAUAGUUCAAAUUGCUAUGGAAGCAGGUUUACGCAUUGCACCGGAUCAGUGGUCCUCGCUGUUAUAUGGAGACCAAUCUCACAAAUCCCACAUGCAGUCUAUUAUUGACAAGUUGCAGACCCCAGCCUCGUUUGCACAGAGUGUUCAGGAACUAACUAUUGCUCUUCAGAGGACUGGAGAUCCAGCCAACCUGAAUCGUCUUCGACCUCACCUAGAGCUCCUGGCAAAUAUUGAUCCCAGUCCAGAUGCUCCACCUCCGACGUGGGAACAACUGGAAAAUGGACUAGUUGCUGUGAGGACUGUGGUUCAUGGCUUAGUUGAUUAUAUCCAGAAUCACAGCAAGAAAGGAACAGAUCAGCAACAGCCUCCUCAGCACAGCAAGUACAAGACAUACAUGUGCCGAGACAUGAAGCAGAGAGGAGGAUGCCCCCGGGGUGCCAGCUGCACCUUUGCACAUUCUCAGGAGGAGCUAGAAAAAUUCCGUAAAAUGAACAAGCGUCUGGUUCCAAGAAGACCCUUGAGUGCCUCCCUGGGCCAGCUAAAUGAGGUGGGCCUGCCUUCAGGAGCUAUCCUCUCGGAGGAAGGGGGAGUGGACUUGCCCAAUAGGAAAACUGCUGCUCUGCCAAAUGGAAUUGUGUCAACAGGCAGCACGGUGACGCAACUAAUUUCUCGAGGGACUGACUCCAGUUAUGAAACUGCUCUGAAGCCAGGGAAGAUGGACCAUCUGAGUAGCAGUGCCCCUGGAUCCCCUCCUGACUUGCUGGAAUCUGUCCCCAAGAGCUCUAUUUCUGCCUUACCAGUGAACCCUCAUCCGGUGCCCGCUCGGGCACCGACAGAUCUGCCUUCAGUGUCUGUCACCAAGCAGUUGCAAAUGGUACCACGAGGGUCUCAGCUGUAUAAUACUCAGCAAGCAGAUAUGUUUUAUCAAGAUCCUAGAGGAGCUGCCCCACCAUUUGAGCCAGCACCCUACCAACAAGGAGUUUACUAUCCCACUCAGUCCAUGUCUCGUUUUGUCCGACCUCCUCCAUCAGCUCCUGAACCUGGUCCACCUUAUUUAGACCAUUACCCACCCUACCUUCAGGACCGUGUGGUGAGCCCACAGUACACGCAGCCGCAGCAGUACCCUCCUAUGGGACAACCCAUAUACCCACCGCACUACGACAGCCGUCGCGUAUAUCCCCCUGUCCAGCCGUAUCAGCGAGAGGAGAUUGUCCGAGGAAGCCCUGUACCUAUUGAAAUUCCACAAGCAGCUGUACCUUCCUACGUACCUGAAUCCAGAGACAGAUACCAGCAGACAGAGGGUUAUUGCCCAGUGGCUCCACAUCUCAGUCAGAUCAGACCUUCAUGCCACAGGCCUCAUCCCAGCCUUGACGAACUGCACCGACGAAGGAAAGAGAUCAUGGCCCAGCUUGAAGAGAGGAAGGUGAUUUCUCCACCUCCUUUUGCGCCGUCACCAACCUUGCCUCAUCCUUUUCAUUCAGAGGAGUACUUGGAUGAAGACCUGAAGGUAGCUGGGAAAUACAAAGGAAAUGACUACAGCCAGUACUCUCCCUGGUCCUGUGACACCAUCGGCUCCUACAUUGGAACCAAAGAUGCAAAACCCAAAGAUGUUGUGGCAGCAAGGAGUGUGGAGAUGGCGAAUGUAGAUAGCAAAGCCAUGCGUGACCAGCGAUUAGACAUGCAGAGAAGAGCAGCAGAGACUGGUGAUGAUGACCUCAUUCCAUUUGGAGAUCGACCAACUGUGUCAAGAUUUGGGGCUAUCUCUCGUACUUCCAAAGCGAUGUACCAGAAUUCUGGUCCCAUGCAGGCCAUGGCGGUUCAGGGAGCUACCACCAAAUCAAUCAUUUCAGACUAUAAUCCUUAUGGAACUCACAGUGGCUGGGGAGGCUCUCCAUAUUCUCCUCAUCAAAAUAUACCUUCUCAGGGACGUUUCAAUGACAGGGAGAGACUGUCCAUGACAGAUGUGGCUGGUCAUGGGAAACAGUUGCCCUCGGCGGAGCGAGAACAGCAGCUGCGCAUGGAGCUGCAGCAAGUAGACCAUCAGAUUAGCCAGCAGACACAAAUGCGAGGACUAGAGGAGAGUCAGUCUUCACUGGAUAUAAAAAACAAACUGGGCACCACUAAACAGACAGAAAAUGGACAAUUAGAACCGCAAAGCAAGGUUCCAGCUGAGGACCUCGCACUGACGUUCAGCAGUGAUGUUCCGAAUGGAUCAGCCUUGACACAAGAGAACAUUGGCCUCCUGUCAAACAAGACGGCAUCUCUCAGCCUGUCAGAGGACCCAGAGGGAGGAGGAGACAACCAUGACUCCCAGAGAGCGGGAGUUACACCCACGUCUGCUCCAUGAAGUGAGGCCAGCGUACCCCAGAGUUUCUUUUCCUGGGGUGUUGGUAGCUUCCAUCACGUUUUUUUCCAGGGGUGAUUGGAGAAACCCAGUAGCAGAGCAGCAGGUCCAGAGGCAAUGUGCACAAACACAACUACUAGAAACAAAUCCUGCACAUAGUUCACAUUAACGCAUUUUUUAAUUAAAAAAAAAAAUGAAAAUUAGCAGUAUCUGCAAGCGAUUCAAAUUAAAUUUGUUUUUGUUCUGUGAAUGAACUUUAUUUUAAUAACUUCGGACGCCUUGGAUCCCAGGGCUUAAAAAAAAAAGAUAUUAUAUAUAUACUCUGUUUGAUUAAUUGUAUGAUCUUAAUGAAGUAGGUUUUU